AUGGAUAGUGUGACUCCACUGCCUGUCUUGACAACUCAUUCGUACCAUCUCUUAUCAACUGUUCUGCCAAACAGUUCUCACAUUGAGAAUGCAUCAAAACACGUUUCUGAGCAGUUCUUGUUUCUGGAAACGAGAUGGGCUCAAGUGUUUACUGGACUAGUGGCUUUUACAGCAAUUCUUGUCACCUGUCAUCAGAUCUAUUUGCAUUUAAUUAAUUAUACAUGUCCAAAUGAACAAAGAUGGGUUGUUCGUAUUUUGUUCUAUGUACCAAUUUAUGCAUUCGAAUCAUGGCUUAGUUUAUUAUUUUUAAAACAUGAAGACUAUUAUGUUUAUUUCGAUUCCAUAAGAGAUUGUUAUGAAGCAUUCGUGGUUUACAGCUUUUUAAGUUUGUCAAGAAUUACCACGUUCAUGGGCGUUUUGCACAUGUUGUUUCUAUGGUCAACGUAUACAAUCGAAUUUCUACGGUUUUGUAAACAGGCAACUUUACAAUUUUGUGUUAUUAAACCAUUGACGUCGAUUGCAACUAUCAUUUUACAAGCGAUUGGAGUUUACAAACAUGGAAUUUUUAGCGCUACAAAUGGUUACUUAUAUGUGACAGUAGUGUAUAAUGCAUCGGCAUUUGUAGCCCUUUAUGCUUUAGUCUUAUUCUAUCUGGCAACUCGAAGUAUCCUACAACCAUUUGAUCCAGCUAUCAAAUUCGCUGUUGUUAAAUCUGUUGUAUUCUUGUGUUUUUGGCAAGGUGUUAUAUUAGCUAUUCUAGAAAAGGCUGAAGUUUUGCCUGCUCUACCAAAUACCAAUGCGGGUACAGUUGCAGCAGGAAUACAGAAUUUUCUUAUUUGUUUAGAGAUGUUUAUCGCUUCAAUUGCUCUGCGUUUCGCAUUUCCAUCAUUAUUGUAUUCUGAUGGUGUUGGAACUGGGCCAACAGUUAGCGGUUAUGAUAGUCUAGGUGGAGGUGGUCAUGGUGAACUGUUUCAUGAGACAAAGAAACGUGGAUUUCUUCCGUCUUCUGAUUCAUUACGCAGUCUACGGGAUACAUUCAAUCCAAAGGAUAUGUUAAAUGAUGCAAUUCACAAUUUCCAUCCAAGUUAUCAAAAAUAUACUCAACAACGUAAUUCAAAAGAUGAUUUCGAUGAUGAAUUAACCGAUUCCUAUCAAGGUAAUGUACUUGCUAGUCAUACAGAUCAAUUGAAUAUUCAAUCAACUGUACCAGCGCCGCCAAUACCUCCACCACUUCAACCUCAUUGA